AGGAAAACGCAGGGAUUACAGCGCGUUCCCAGCAUCCUAGCUGCACCGAGCAUCCUAAAAAUAAACUCCUCGUGAAAUCUGCCUCGAUCAUUCUUUUUUUGGAGAUAAAACACAUUUUAUUACGGAGGACUGAUUCGUUUUUUUCCGUUAAGGAGGGGCUGCUGUUGUUGUUGCUGUGGACUGGAGCUGCAGCAGGCCGCCCACCAUCUGUGGAAGUGGGACAGCGGGACAGAUGGCGUCUCCAAGCCGAGCCGCGGGGCUUUGUCCAGCACAACAGACAAGGUGCCGUCAUUAAAAUAGCCGGCGUUUGCAGCUUGUUUUAUUUUUUGCGCGACUUUCUCCUCCACCGUGAUCAGCCAUGUUGGAGUGACUGGGUGCAACUGGAGGACCGGAACGCGUCCGUGCACCGCACGAGCUGAGACCGGCUCCCCUCCCUCCCCCUCCCCACCCCGCCGACUUAAUCCCCUUUAAGUCCGUCUCUGGGUGAACAAUGGUCGACAACCGCUACGCCACCGCUCUGGUCAUCGCCUGCGUGCUGAGCAUCCUGGCCACCGUGUAUCUGUCGGUGGCCGUCGGCACGCAGCACUGGUACCAGUACAGCAGCCCCACCGUGCGCGGCGAGGCCAACGUGUCCGAGCUGCGCUCCCUCUACGACGAGUUCAUGACCGGGGAGUUCGACGAGAAGACCUACAGCGACACGCUGUUCCGCCUCAACGGGACCGUGGGGCUGUGGUGGCGCUGCGUGCUCGUUCCACCCUCUGCCCACUGGGGCAGGGAGCCAGAUGCAAAGAUGUUGCUGGAGUGUCGAAACUUCACUCUGCCGGAGCAGUUCACCCCUAAAUACAAAGAGCCGGGGAACCACAACAGUGGAGAGGACAUGCUCCGCACCUAUUUGUGGAGGUGCCAAUUUCUGCUUCCUCUGGCGUCUCUCGGUCUGGUUGUGCUGGCGGGCCUGAUUGGGUUUUGCGCCUGCCUUUGCAGAAGUCUCAGUCCCACAUGGGGCAUUGGAGUUCUUCAUCUCUUGGCUGGCCUGUGCACCCUGGCCACGGUGUGCUGCUACCUGGCUGGGACGGACCUGCUCCACAGAGUGUCGAUGCUCCCUGACAAGGUGGAUGGUUCUCUGGGUUGGUCCCUCUACCUGGCCCUCAUCUCCUCGCCCCUGCACAUGAUGGCCGCCGCGCUGCUGGUGUGGGCGGCGCGCAGUCACAGCCAGAACUAUUACCGCAUGACUGCCUACCGGGUGGCGUGAAUAUGUGGUUUCUAUCCCAUCUUAUCUUUUAAAGUCUAGACUAAAAACCUAGACAGCAUUCAUUUGAUUUUUUUUUUUCUCUCUCUCGGGCUGCUGAUGAGAAAAGAUAAGUCGAGUGUAGCACAAUGUUCAGGUCAGAAAUGCUGAAAAUUAGCUGAUUUUUACUUUUUCAAAUUUAGAUUUGUUGGUAAAACCUCAAAAUCAACUACAUUAAAAAAAAUACCUGCCUGGAUCUCCGGUUAAGCUUUAAUAUAAUUUACUUCUACAGGAGUAAAAUCAGGGUUUCCUCAAUGCUUUUAAAAGUGACACAUUUUCUUUUGUGUCUUCUGAAAAUGACAACACAAACUCCACAAGUGCGGUUCACUGGUUUGUUACAGUCGGCUACCGCAAAGCAAGGUGGAGGUUUGUUAUCCUGCGGUUUGGCACUGCAUCACUCACUCACUCAGCUGAGAAAAAUAAUCAAGAUCAUAAUCACGUUAUGACACUGCACCAGCCAGUGUCAUGCGAAACUACGCCCUGGAAGGAGAUUUCUGGGGCAACGCCUCUCCCUCCCCCCAAACAAUGGCACGAAAUAAAAAUUUUUUUAAAAUUGACAUUUGAACAGAAGCUCUUAAGUUAUGAAAUGAUCCAUGUCACCACAAGAGAUGAAACAUCCUCAUAUCUCCAGAUAUCAGGACACAGAUGCCAGAUGUUUUUUGGCAGGUUGUUCUUGUUGAGGACGUUUAUGAAGUUCGUCAGCAGCGAGUGUGCCCUGUCUUCAGUCUUGCGCCGCAGAAUUGGAUUAUUUCGGUUGUUGCUUUUGAGCUUCAAAUCAGUUUAUUUAUAUUGCACCAAUUUACAACAAUUAUCAUCUGAAAGCCCUUUACAAAACAUGCAGAUCUAAUUUCUAUGCAAAAAUUCUAGUUAUAAUGGAUUGCAGUCGGGUUCAGUUUAUAACGCUAAUUGGCAAAAUGUUGAGAAAUUAGCAUUCAUUUCUUUAAGUAAUUGACCUUGCAGCAAUCCCUCCUCCAGGGCAAGAAAGUGGGACAUUGAAUUUUACUUUGCAGCAAUCACUCAUAUUGAGCAAGAAUCUUGCUGAAGCGGAAAAGAACAGGCAGCCGCAGACACGAGCAGCAGCAAAUUAAAUUGCUGUUGCGUGGCUUAAAUUACAAAGUGAAAAUCCAUCUGCCGGUUUUAGUUUGAUGGCUUCAUGGAGAUCGAGGAUUCAACCUUCAUGCAGCCCUUUAAGUAAUUUUGGUACUAAAGUAUUUUGUAAGACGGUGGUUUCUCUCUUUGUGAUUUUUGCACGUAAUCGAGUGAGCAGUGCAUGCACACUGUUAACAAUUUCAGGAAAAAACAACAGACGUUACUUAAGACCCAAUCUUUCCAAACUGGAACUCAGAUUUUAAAGACUAUUAACAAUGUCUUUCAAAUCUGAUUCAAAGCAGAUUUUAUGUACAUCAGUACUUAGUGUUUUACCGGUAAGUUCUUAAAAAAACAAAACAACCUAAAGAUCAUGAACUUUAAAGCAUAUAACCAUAAUUUCUGCUAUUUCACAAUUGCUCCUACGAUCUUAUUCAUAGUUACAGUGAAGACAAUUCAGUGGUUAUCUAAGCGUUAUGAGACCACACCUAUGUGACAGACACACCUUAUGUGCUGAAUGUUUCAAGCGAAACACAAAGACAUUCGUGCAAUUGUCUCCACAGGCUUUGAAACAGAAUGUCUCUGAGAAGUUAAAGAUUAUUACUGCAUCCAUGUUAUUCCUGACAAAAUGUCACGUUGAUGGCUUUUUUUUUUUUUUGCUAUUUAACUUGAUUUAUUUAUUCUUUAUAUGUAUACAAAGUAUGUUGUUUUGUUACUUUUUCAUGCACGUUUAAUAUGAUUUUGUAGAGGAAAACAUUCAAUUUGUGUAAUUUAGUGACGCAAUACCUUCUGUUUUGUCCAUCUGGCUAUUUUUGUGGUUUUGUUUCCUGCUUUGUGUUUUGAUGUUUCUUUGAUUGUGAAAAUAAGUCAUCAGAAAUGAGGGAGAGUGUGUCUGCCCCUUCUAAAUUAUGAAUGUACUUUAAGGCCAUAUGUGGAAGAACUGCUGAAUUUGUUCCGCAAUUUUACAUUACUGAAUAUCCAUGUAAUUUUACAUUGAUGUAUAUAUAUUUGGAGGAAAUAAACACACUUGCUGGAUGGUGACAGAUGA